AUGGUAUGUAGAGUUUGUGGCUCAGUGCAUCAUGGAAUUCAGGAAUACAACCUCCACGCACGAUCACACUUGCAGCAUGCCCAUGCUCAUAGAUGUGGAAGAGGAGAUGUUCGGAGAGGACGCGGCUCCACCGUGGGCGGGAGUCCAGCUGGCGCCGAAGAGGAAGGCCGACGGCGAGCCCGCAGGCGCGUCCCAGCCCCAGAAAGAGCUGAAGGGAAAGGACAAGGGCGUGGAGCACGACAGCCUCGUAUCCAAGGUAGCCAUGCUUUCGCUCGCCACCGCACGCGAGCAGGCUCUGCUCUCGUCCGUGAUGCAGUCGACCUUCCUCAUCGCCGCGGACUCGUACCUGGGCAAGGUCGGGCUAGGAGCAGACAAGUUCUACACGGAGAUGGUCGAGGCUCUGCACGACCGAAAGGCGGCGGGCGAGGACCUGGCGUCGCCUGGACCGCCGUUCCUCACUGUGUUCUUCAUGACGACGAGGGCACUCAGGAAAGUGGCGCCGACAGAGAUCAAGCACGUGAACUCGCUGAUCCGCCACUUCACGGUCAGGGCGCCACUGGGCCCAGGCUCGAAGAAGAUGGAGGGCAAGGUCAGGCUGCAGUUCGCGCUGGGCACGAACCCGUACAGCUCCGCCGUGUGCGUGCUGCUGGACGCGGCGCUGGCGGACCUGCAGGCGACGCAGCUCGUCGG